AUGAUAAAACUAUCUCUUUUAUCGCUUCUGCUUGCUAAUGGACUCGUUAAAGCAGGUCCUAUAACCAAAGACAUGGACACUAAUCAUGAUCAUGAUGCUAAAUACUUUGAAGAACUCAAAACUAAGCCAAUUAAAACGCCUAAUGGAGGUCCAUUGAUUGUUCAUUUAGUACCUCAUAGUCAUGACGAUGUCGGUUGGCUGAAGACAGUUGAACAGUAUUUUAGCGGAGCUCAUUACAAUACUUAGAAAGCUGGCGUUGAGUUGAUUAUCAGUACAGUCAUCAAUGAACUGAUUGAGGAUCCAGUCAAAAGAUUCAGUUUAGUUGAAAUGAAAUUCUUCACCAUGUGGUGGAAGUAUUAGACUGAUGAUCUCAAGAAUAAGGUUAAGCAGCUAGUCAAGGAGGGAAGACUAGAGUUCUUGAAUGCUGGAUGGAGUAUGUCUGAUGAAGCUUGCCCUCACUAUGAGGACUUCAUAAACAAUAUGUUUAUUGGCCAUUAAUUCCUACUUGAGGAAUUUGGAGUAAAGCCAAGAGUUGGUUGGCACAUAGAUCCCUUUGGACAUUCUAAUGUUUCCCCAAGAUUAUUUGCUGAUAUGGGAUUUGAUGCUUGGUUCUUUGCAAGACUAGAUUAUUAAGACAAAGACAGAAGACUUGCAGAUCUUGAAAUGGAAUUCUUAUGGAGACCAAUGUACAACCAUUUUGGAAAGAGCAAACAAAUUUUGACACAUGCUCUCUAUCAACAUUACUCAGCACCUAGUGGAUUCAGUUUUGAUACAUACUCUGGAGACGAUGGUAUAGUAGAUGAUCCAACUCUCUCCUCCUACAAUCUUGAUACAAAAGUUUAGCAAUUCCAUGACUAUCUCGUCCACUAGGCUUAGCACUAUAUAAAUACAGGCCAUCUUUUCGUUGUAAUGGGGGACGAUUUCCAAUACGCAAAUGCCAAGAUGAACUUUUACUCAAUGGACAGACUUAUCAAAGGAUUUAAUGCCAAAUUUUCAGAUAUGCAAUUAAGAUAUUCUACUCCAUCAGAAUAUCUAGAUGCUAUUAGUUAGUAAAAUGUUCAAUGGCCCACCAAGUAUGAUGAUAUGUUCCCUUAUUCUGACGAUAUGUUUUCAUUCUGGACUGGAUACUUCACUAGCAGAUCAAAUGAUAAAGAUUAUAUAAGAAGAGGAUCACACAAUCUACAUGCCUCUUCUAAGUUAUACAGCUUUAAUGCGAUUGAAACAAGUGUUACUCAACAAAGACUUAAUGAUAUGAUGAAUGCUCAAUACAAGAUGAUGGAUGUCAUGGGAAUCUUACAGCACCAUGAUUCAGUCACUGGUACUGGAAAAUAAGCAGUUGCAGAUAACUACGCCUGGAAAAUGUAUAAGGCACUUCAAGCAAAUAACCCAGUCUUUAGUUAAGUUUUAUCGGAUAUUUUAUAAGGAUCAACAGGAGUGUCAUUUGAUGAUGCAUGGGAUUGGUGUUUUAGAGAGAAUACUACUUUUGUCGAGUGUCCUAUAGGUAAAAAGGAUCCUGAUGGGAAAGUAAACAUGCAUAUUGCAGCAUUCAACCCAUCAACUGAUCCAACUAACUAUACAUAAAUUGCUGUCCCACAUGGGGCAUACAAAGUUCAGGUCUAUGAUUGGGGAAAGAAGCAAUUUGUUGAUGCUACAGCUGAUGUCAUCUGCGAUCAAGAAACAUUUUAUACUAAAGAUGUGAAAAACUGCCAACUCUUUGUUGAGUACACUAUCCAAGGAAUGACAGUUGGAAUAGUCAACAUCUAAUAUGACACAACUGUAGAUCUAACAGUAAAGUAAUAGAAUGAAUCCCCAAUUUAAGUUUCGAAUCUCUAUGAAAAAAUAACUCAGACAGAAUUCAAUGACUAUGAUGGCGUUGUGUUCCAGAUCUAAAAGCUAUUAUACUCAUAGAAUUAUAAAAUAGGUUUUGACCUUAGAUACUGGAAAUCCUACUAGGGUGAUUUCAAGGACCCAAGUGGAGUUUACAUGUUCAGCACUGAUUUCUUCUCAUAUGAUACAAUCAGAUACAGUCAUGUCUAAACCAUUUUCUACUAUCAAGGUAAGGUAGUCCAACAGAUUACUAUUACUUUCAAUGACCCUGUUACUCUACAAUCAGGAACAGUCAAACUUAGACUAUACAGAUUGAAUCCAGUGCAAGAAUGGAAUGUAAAAUUAGAUUCUAUUCCAAACACAGGAUAAGGAAUGGAAGUGACUGUUAACUUCAAGUCUCUUGAUAUUGAUAACAACAAGACUUUCUACACUGAUGCUAAUGGAUUAGAAAUGCAAAAGAGAGUUCUAAAUUACAGACCAUCAUGGGAAUUGGAAGUAUUCGAUAAUAUAACUUCAAACUAUUACCCUAUUCAAACUGCUGUUGCCAUUAGAGACACACAAAAUAAGCACUAAAUGACUGUUAUGAAUGCCAGAUCUUAGGGAUGUUCAGUAUUGAAGACAGGUAGAAUUGAGAUUAUGCACAACCGUAGAACAUACUAUGAUGAUCACAGAGGAAUGGGAGAAGGCAUGAAUGAGGUGGACGAAAACGGAAAUGGCAUCACUACCAUCAACAGCUACUACUUGCAGAUCUUUGACAGAGAUCAUGAAGAAAGUGAGCAGAGGUAUACUCAGCUACACCAAGAUGAACCUCUUCAGUAUUUCUUUAACUUUAAGGAUUUGAAGCAGGAAAUUCUAGAAAAGAAACAGCCAAAAAUGAGCGGCAAGUUCUUGUCAGAGAAUCACUUGAAGAUGGUUGGACUCCCAAGGACCACCAAAGUAGAGUUGCUCCCAAUGAGUCAGAACAGUCUUAUGCUCAGACUUGAGAACAUCGCCGAUAAAUUUGAUCUUGGAAGCAAUCCUACAAUCCCAUAUGUUAAGCUUGAUGAUCUAGCAAAUGCCAUAUACUAAUUGUCAAAUGGAGCUGAUGUCACACCAUCAUAGACCAUCAUUAGUGAGACUACUCUUACUGGUAAUCAGCUAUACUCUUACAUGCAAGGAAACAAGAUUUAAUGGACUGGCAAGGAUGAUAACUUUAUUAACCCUCCUGUCUAACCAUUGGAUAAAAGCUCCAACGAAAUUGCUCUUGAAGCUCAAAGAAUCAGAACCUACAUGAUCUAGUAUAUCACAUUUGAUCAACCUAAAGAUAAUAAUGCAGAACCAAAAGAAUUCCUAAACUGA